AUUUUAGUCAUUUUAAUUUGAAACCGUUAAUUUUUUAACUGCGUUAGAUGGUACGGAUACAUAUACAAAAAUAUAGAUUAAAAAAAAGAUAGAAUAGAAAAUAAAUGUUUUACGAGUAUAUGCAUGCAAUGUUAAUUUUAGAAGAGUAUUAAUGCAAAAUGUGAUAAUUAGAACGGUAUUCAUAUACCUGGACACUGUGGAAACAGGAAGAUGUUCUAAAAAAUGACCCCUAAACACGUACCUAAUUUCCAGGAGGGCAAUUGGUUCAUCACUUGGUUUACCAUGAUGGAACCAUACUUUAUCAUGAAUGCUCGACAUAAACCUAGAGAAAAAACAGCACUCAAGUUACCAGGCUAGUCCUGAUUAAGGAAGCGAAUAUCUUGUCCGAAACUCGGCAGCCAAACGCCGAUAAUUGGCUAGAAUUCCAAAAUCCUUCGCGCCCAUCCCUGAUCUCCCCUGCCCGCUAUGCGCAUCGCACGGCGAAUAGGAAGCAUAUACUCGAGGGGCCAACGGCUAUAUUUUUCGUUCCCCAUAUUCCAAAACGAGAACGUAACCGAAAGAUUUCGAAAUCCCUCUCGUUCAGUCUUGUUCAAAGGACGCUACUCUCCAUUCGAACUCUCCCUCUAAAGCAUGGAAAAUUAUAAAGUUUCCCUUUUUAUCUCUGUUUCCUCCUCGCAACCCGAACCCUAAACCACUCGUUUCUUUGAAAUCUUGGAUCUUUGGGAGGACGCAUCUCUCUCUCUCUUUCUCUCUCUUCAGUUUCUCGCUGACACGGGCUACCCGGAACGAUUCUUCCCAAAUUUGGAGUCAGAUUCAGGGCGGGUAUCAAGAGCUGUUUCGAAAAUGAAUGAUCUCAUGACGAAGUCUUUCAUGAGUUAUGUUGAACUCAAGAAGCAGGCGCUGAAGGACUUGAAGGCCGACCCGGUCCUCGACCUCGAGGCGGGAGGGCUUAGCUGUGCCGAAGAAGAGAACCUCUCCCUCUUCUUCGAAGAGAUUGGAGCAAUCCAAUCCGCGAUGGAGGACAUCUCCAGCCUCCUGCUCGACCUGCAGCUCCUGCACGAAGAGACCAAGUCGGCGCACAGCGCCAAGGUCCUCCGGGGGCUGAGGGACCGGAUGGACUCCGACGUGGUAUCCGUCCUCCGCAAGGCCAAGAUCAUCAAAGCGAGGCUCGAAGCUCUCGACCAAUCCAACAUUGCCAACCGUGGCUUAUCGGCUCGCUUCAGCGAAGGAAGCCCCGUCGACCGGACUAGGAUUUCGGUCGCCAAUGGCCUGAGAACCAAGCUCAGGGAAAUGAUGAAUGGGUUUCAGUCAUUAAGAGAUCGGAUACUCGCCGAGCACAAAGAAGCCCUGAAGAGGAAGUACUUCAAUGCUACAGGAGAAGCCGCAUCAGAGGAGGUGAUAGAGAAGAUGCUCUCAGGUGGCAGCCAGGUUGGGUUAUUGGACAAGAAAGGUGAAGUGGACUUGGAGAUCAUGGAGAGGCAAAAGGCUGUGAGCGACAUGCAGAGGAGCUUGAUGCAACUGCAUCAAGUCUUUCUCGACAUGGCAAUUAUGGUGGAGGUGCAGGGGGAGCAGCUAAAUGACAUCGAGGAGAAUGUGGUUCGUGCCAAAGACUACAUUGGUGGUGGAACUGAUAGCCUCAUCUCUGCCAAUGCUUUGAGGAAGAGGAAUAGGAAGUGCACGUAUUGCGUCUGGGCCUUGGUGCUGCUUGUGUUGAUCGUUUGUCUGAUUCCUAUCUUGACUGGUUUUUAGAUACUCAUUGACAAACUUGGAGUAUUUCUUUGUGAAACUGAGAGUAGUGCUACUGUUGAUGCUUGUAAAGGUUUAUAUACGUGUCUAAAUCUUCUGGUUGAGUUUUGGUAAAUUUCUGAGAAUUGGUUGUAGUUACUUUGGUUUAGUCAUGUUCUAAAUGGUCCUUUUUUGGAGGAACUGUGAUAACAGGGGGAACAAUUGGUGGAAAUUGAAUUGGAGGCAGGCUUGAUGUUGUUCUACAAAGAUUGCUUUUUGUCACGCAGCUCACAGUUUUC